AUGCUUGACCCAAGAAUGCCUGAUCCGAGGACUUCUCAUUCGAGAAAUCCUGACCCGAGAACGGCUAACUCGAGGACGCCUGACCCGAGAACGCUUGACCUGAGAACGCCUGACUCGAGGAUGCCUGACCCGAGAACGCCUGAUCCGAGGACAUCUAAUUCAAGAACGCCUGAUCUGAAGACUUCUGAUUCGAGAACGCUCCUAAGAACGCCUGACUUGAGGACGCCUGACACGAGGACUUCUGACCCUAGAACGCCCUACCCGAGAACGCCUAACUUGAGGACGCCUGACCCGAGGACUUAUGACCCUAGAACGCCUGAUUUGAGAACGCCUGACUCGAGGACUUCUGACCCUAGAACGUCUGACUCGAGAAUGCCUGACUCGAGGAUGCUUGACCCGAGAACGCCUGACCCGAGGACUCCUGACCCGAGAACACCUGACCCGAGAACCCUUGACCCGAGGACUUUUGACCCUAUAACGCCUGACCCGAGGACUUCUGACCCCAGAACGCCUGACCUGAGGACUUCUAACCCGAGGACGCCUGACCUGAGGAUGCCUGACCCGAGGACCCCAGAUCCGAGGACUUCUGAUUCGAGAACGCCUAAUCCGAGGACUUCUGAUUCGAGAACGCCUGACCUGAGGACGCCUGACCCGAGGAAUUCUGACCCUAGAACGCCGACCUGA